AUUGCGGUUCCCCGACUGGCCUUCUGGGUAGAGACUGCGCGAGUUGGAGUAGACAGUCGAUCGGUUCACGGCAAGCUUUCACACUCAUCAUCCCGUUUCGCACUCCCUCAAGCUCCCGGCGUCCUCGUCUCAAAACAGAGCUGUCUAGUUUUCGGCGGAUAUAACACGGAAAACGAAACAUUACUGGACAUUCUCUGAACACAAGAAUUGUCUCGAGAAAAUGGACAUGGAAAGACGAGCCUAGAUAAAGCCUUUUGUAACGGCGUGCUCCGAUGAAACCCAACAUGGCGCUGCUGCGAAGUACGGGAGAGCUGAAUAUUUUUUUUGAGUAUACGCGGACCUCACCACCUGUAUCUUUGAGCUCAAUCUGACAACGAAGAUACCAACCCAUGGGAAUUGUAGUUAUUAUGGUUCAUUUGACAGUUUUACCCAAUAAAGGUUUGUAUCUAAAGGGAUUUUCUUUUGCCAUGCCGACCUGGUGACAUUUGUGCUCAUUUGAAACAGCACCGUCAAGGGAGAUUGAAGGAAUAAUAACUGAAGAUAUCUGAUGUGUGUCAUGGCAAGUCAUUAAACCGGGAAAGAGACUCAUUUUAUUUGGAAUGUUUGUUAUUUAAGGAGAAGUCCGUAGCCCACUGCCUACGGAUAUCGCGUAGCCUAAACACGGAUUGUUGCUUGGAACAGUUAAGAACUUGGAAAAACAGGAACCAGGCGUGAACAGCUUUCAGUCGACGGUUGGAAAUAGACUCAAAUAUCCAGGUAAGACAAAUAGGCUGAAGAGCGGUGGAGGCUGUGUCGUGUGCAGAUGAAGGCCUGCUGGUGUUUUUAAAGUCCCACUCCUCUAAGGCUCUCAUUAACCCAAGGUACCUGUUCGUGAUGUUGAUGCCGAGACUGAGAGGAACCUGUAUUUGAGAGGAACGACAUCACUCAGAGCAUGGUGGACGCCAGACUGACGCCCCUGGCCGCCAUGGGGCUGGACCGCAGUGCUCUUAUGCGUGAUGGGCUCCGCCUCCAUGGCGGCGUGGUGUACCCAGGGAUCCGGGCUGUGUCGGCAGAGAAAAGCCGCGACAACCCCGCUGUCCUCCCGUUAGGCUACGGGCGUGACGGCUUCACGGAUCUCUACAAGCCCGACCUCGGCCUUGACAACCGCAAGGCUUCCAAUGGGUAUCUGGGCCUGUAUAAGAGCCCUCCUCCAGGCCUCCACAAGCCUCUCCUGCUGCCUGGGUCUGAGGGCCUGGGGUUGGACCGGAGAGUGGGGGGUGAGAAGUCGACAGAGCUGGGGCUGGGGGGUGCUGCCACUGGGGCUAGCUUCAUCCAUCUGCCCUGGCUCAGCCCCUACCCAGAGGCAGGGAUGUAUCCCUUCAUGGACUCCUCCAAGUACGCUGCCCUCAAUAUGUACAAGGCCUCCCUGCUAUCCCAGCCAAGCUCUUACUUUCCCCAGCACCUGGCCUACCAGUCCCUAUGUGCGGCCCAAGGAGGCAACAUCAACCCCAACGUAGCCACCUCCGCUGCCGAGAGACUGUACUUCAUGCCCCCGUACCCCCCGUCACCCCUCUCUUCCUCGCUAGUGGCUCCUCCCGUGAGGAUCCCCGCUGUGUCUGUGGCCCCCAGCUCUUUGGUGCAUUGCCAGGAAAAAGGGCUCGGUGUGGGACCUCGCAUCCACCACGAGAGCUCACCGUAUGGUCAGCAGCUCCUUCAAGUUCCUCCUCCCCCCAAACACCACCAGACUCCCACAGACAGGGAGAGGGACCGAGAGAAAGAUAGGGACAUAGAGAUGGACAGGGACAGAGAGAGGGAGAGGGAGAGACCCACCAGUAGGAGUGGUAAACCCUGCAGACCUCCCUCCAGUAAACCCCCCCCAACCACCAGCGGCUGUAAUAGCAGUAGUAUCAGUGGUCUCCCCAUAGACUCCUCCCCCCGGGCCUCCUCACGCCUCCCCCAGCCUCCUCCCCCUCUAAUUGACACCUCAGACUUACAAAGGCUGGGUCCCAGAACAGGGCAACUAACCUCUUCCUCGUCCACCACAAAGUCCAUGCCUCAUGCCUUCUACAUGAGCAGUGUGGCUCCAGAGAAUCCCUCUCCUGCCCGCCCCAGUUCCCACAAACCAAGGCCGAGAGAUGGGGGCCUGGAGCUCCGGGUUGGGGGCUGUGAGAAGAGACCUAGUCAUUCCCCCUCCAAACCCUCCACAGAGUGGCCGGUCCAUCCAACUCCGUCUACCAAAGACCUCCCCGAGAAGCCUCUGGACUUGUCUGGCAGAAUGUUGGAGUAUGGCCUGACCCCCAAUGGCUACCCUGCAAAGCUCGAUGCUCUAGCCAUGGCUAGGGGGGCGACAGGGGGGCGAUACAGCCUGCCUCCCAGCCGGGAGCAUCAAAAGGAAACCCACUUCAACCCCACUGUCAGCAGCACUUCCUCCAAGGCCUCUGAGAGACCAGAGAUGAUCAGCACUUUACACUCCUCAUGGGUGGUGCCCACCCCAACCCCCAGCUCCACCCACGCACACCACCUAGCUUUGCCCCAGUCCCCCAGACCGAGCCCAGACCAGACGCAGCCCCUACCCCAGACCUCCUCAUCCUCCUCUGUUAUCAAACAUAAGGGCCUGGAGAAAGUCCUGCCCCAGCCUCAAUGUUCUCCUAAUUCCAGGUUAGGAGAGUCCAUCAACCCCUCUCUGGCAACCUCUAUCCCCUUGUCCCCCAAGCCUAAUGGUGAUUGGCUGAAACAUAGCCCAGGCCAAUCAGAGAGCUCUUCGGUGUUCACCAAUCACAGAGAGAUCCAGGAGAAGAUUUCGAAAGCAGCAAAGAGACCCGAGCCACCGACUCAAGACGUAUCGUCCUUUAAACGCCAAUGUAUGGAGAAUGGACACACCCCUAGCCACCUGUACUUGCCACAGGGUGAGGCCUAUCUGCCCCCCAGCCUAGCGUACGCCAACCGGUACCUGCCCUACCCCGUCCCAGACGGCAUGUCCCUUCACCCCCUACCCCAUACAAUGCCGGGUAAGGGCCCAGUUUACCCCCACCCUGUACUGCUGGGGGGCAACAGCCUGUAUCCUGCCCACCUAGCAGCCCCCAAACAUUCCCUACCUUACCAUCACAGUCUACCACCGGCAGCUAGCCAUGCAGCUGGGGAGUACCUCACCUACAACUCCCAGGAAAUGGUCCACCCUCUGAUGCACCCUCACCCGAACAGCAAUCCCCAAGAACGGACAGGAGAUGGGAGCCUGUCCAAGCCUGAGAGGGAGGCAAGCGAGCAGGGUGGAAAUCAGACCAAGCAACCCUCCUACACGGAAAGAAUAGUGUGUAUUGACCUGGUUCACUCUGACACAGAUGGAGAAUGUUACCCGUCCUCCAACAAACACACACCACCUCUGCCACCACCCAUCCAACACAGCAGGGGCAGCAAAAAGGAAUGUUGUCACGAUAACCAAAACGGGAGGGAGGCAGAUCGUGAAUCAAAACACCAGCAUCAUCAGCAUGAUAAUCGUCAUCUCAGCAUCAGCCAAAAACCCAACCCCCCAGACAGGCAUCAAGAGACCACCUCAUGUGGGAGACCCAGGGCACCCCAGGACACAGGCUGCCCUGGCAUGGCCUCUACCCCACCUAAAGGCAGCCCUGUUAGGAUGAGCAGGCCAGGAGAGAACCCUGAGGACCGUGGCCCAAGCCCAGACCCUGCAGACACGGUGGAGCAGGACCAGAGCACCCUGCGCUGUGCCAGGACCUCUGGAGAGAGGACCUCCAGAGAGGAGAGGGAGGAGAGGGACAGACGAGAGCCACCCCAUGCCAGUCUGCGCAACCCAGACCUGGGAAGGGAGGUUCAUGUGGAGAGGGACCGAGAGAGUGAGAGAGAGAGUGAGCGAGAAGACAGCAUGGCUGACCUGGAAGAGUCCCAUGGAGAGGGGGAUGAGGAGGAGGGCGGUCACGAAUCGUGUAAAACUUCGCGGAGGUCCAGCCUGGCCAAACGGAUUGCUAAUUCUUCGGGCUACGUUGGCGACCGCAUCAAAUGUGUGACCACCGAGCUGUACGCUGACUCCAGCAAGUUGAGCCGUGAACAGCGCGCCCUACAGAUGGAAGUCAUAUCACGAGAGGCGAGUAAUAUAACCCAACCUGCAGCUAUCUGGGAGCGGGCAAUGAUGCGGUUCUCGGAGCUGGAGCUGAAGGAGAAGGAGGGCGGCGGGGAGUGUGUGUCUGCAUCGGCAGCAGGACGGGACUUGGCUGACAGCCAGCGCAGAGACAGAGAGCUGGAAAUCUGCCAACACACCGCCAGGCAUACAGGGAGGGAGGGUGGCCCGACAGCCUAUGGCAGUAACAGAGUACCAGUGCUCCAGAGGUGUGGAGCUCAGAGCAAGGCUCACCAGAACCUGUUCCCUGGGCAGGGAGCCCCAGACUGGGCGCAGGCUGGCUGCCAGAGUGGGGCACGGGACAGAUCCCGGAAGGCAAUGCGGGAGGGGGAAAGUGGACUACCAGUGGAGUGUCGGGUUGAGGAGAACCCUGGCCUGGAGUUAUUGCCCUCCAGGAAACGUGCACACAGCUCUCAGAGAGAAGGAGAAGAAGAGGAGAAGAGAGAGAGAGGGAGCCAUCCAGAGACGAACUUGAAAGCCAGCAGUGAUGACGACCUCACCGUCAAUGCCGGUAAACUGUCUGUGCCUGGCGAAGAGGACGAUGAAGAGGUGCAGAAGCUGAAGGUUUGUAUUGAACUGAAGGGACUUCGCCUCAGCAAGCCCAGCUCCACCUCUCCGGACAGACCAGAGGUCAAAGAGGACAGGGCGUGGCCUCAUCAACUAAGGCCCAGUGAACCGGAUGUGAAAGCAGUGACUCAGACGGCAGAGAUCAAUCGAAGCUGGGCUAAUGCAAGGAUAACAAACACAGAAAAUAAACAAGCAGCCACUCCGAAUCUUCGGCAUCCAAGGGAAAGACCACCCACGCAGGGACCCAUUUCUGUGGACAGGGACCGAGGCCCCAGGGGGGAGCUCAGGAGGGGGCCGUCUGGGGGACCAGGAGUGCCCCUGUGCCCCCCUUCUCCAGUGGCCCUCCAGCCCCCUGCCACGGACACACCUCCCCUCAAAUCCCGUCGUCACAGCGACGGGGACAAACCGAAGGGCAAGCGGCCAUGCAAAACCAAGCAUACCGGCCCGAGAGUGGAGAAAGAGGGUGACCGGAGGAGAGAGGCAUGCGUGAAAAGCACCAACCACCACCGCAGCCUAGCGGAUACAAAACCAGUCCCGGAAGACAAGGUCAGUGAGCAGCGUGUUGACCCCCACCUCCAGAGAAAGACCCCCUCUUAUCCGGCUGACUACACGUGCUCUCCACCACUCCCCCAGAUGCACCCCUCCAGGCCUGUUCCUGCAGAGGGACCAGGGGAAUUGCCCCUUGUGACCCCUGCAGAGUCCCCAGUCGUCCGACCCAUUCCGCCAGAGGCCCGGAGACUUAUAGUGAACAAGAAUGCUGGAGAAACACUGCUACAGAGAGCUGCACGGCUAGGCUAUGAGGAAGUGGUGUUGUACUGCCUGGAGAACCGUGUGUGUGAGGUGAACCACCGUGACUACGCUGGCUACUGCGCUCUCCACGAGGCCUGUGCACGUGGCUGGAUCAACAUAGUCACACACCUGCUGGAGCAUGGUGCCGACAUCAACUGCAGCGCGCAGGAUGGCACCAGGCCCCUUCAUGAUGCGGUAGAGAACAACCACUUGGAUGUGGUGCGUGUGCUGCUGUCCUAUGGCGCUGAUCCAACCCUGGCCACCUACUCUGGCCGCGGCCUGCUGAAGAUGACCCACAGUCACAGCAUGGAGCGCUUCCUCACCGAGUACUUUGCUGACCUGCAGGGUCGUACAGAUGAUGACCCGGGGGUCUUCUGGGAAUUCUACGGCAGUGCAGUGUGUGAGUCUGCCGAUGAGGGGUAUGUGUUUGACAUCCUAGCAGAGCCCCCGGGACCAGAGAAGGAAGACCCGAGGGAGGUGUUUGAAUUUGAGUUCUCCGACCGCCCUCUCCUUCCCUGCUACAACAUCCAGGUUUCACUAUUCCAGGGACCCAGAAACUGGCUUCUUCUCUCAGAUGUGCUGCAGAGGUUGAGAAUAUCUGCUCGGUCUUUCCGUUCCACCUUCCCCCACCUGGAGGUGGUGACUGUGGCCGAGGCAGAGUUCUACCGCCAGGCCUCCUUGUCUCAGCUCUUCUCCUGCCCUGACGAGCUGGACGCCUUCCAACCAGACAGCAAGGAGCUGCUGGACCUUGUGGAGGGGAGCCCUGAGCUGGCUACCAUGCUGGGCUCCAGCCUGGAGUGUCUGGAUGACCAUUGGGAUGAGCCUAAGGAGGCUAACAAGAAGACUAAUACUGUGGUUAACUCUAAAGCAGUAUGUAACUCUAAGGCAAUUUCUAACGCUAAGGCAAUGGUUAUGGCUAAGGCUAAUGUCAAUGCCAAUAUGAAGGCUAUGGCUAAGAAUAAUGCUAUGGCUAAGAUGGACCCUAAGGCAAAUGCAAAGGCCAUGGCCAGGGCCAUGGCUAAUGCUGAUGCUAAGGCUAAAGCUAAGGCUAUGGCUAAUGUAAUGGCUAAGGCUGAUGCUAAUGCUAAGGCUAAGCAGGGAUCGUGACCCUUUAUCUUGACAUGCAUAGCACAUGAUAGGCUGAUUAAUGAACUGAAGCCAUGAUGAUCCCCAAGUACCUAAAACUCAACUCUGAACUGUGGUUGACUGGUUACAUAGCCCUGCCCCAAGUUGGACCGGUCAUCUUUGCUGGCUGGCUGGCUGGAGAAGAGAAUGGGUUCUUUGAGAAAUGUCUUGUAACUUAAAGAUGGUCUUAUUUUUUUAUAAAUGUGUAUUAAUAUAAGUAUAGUAUAAAUAUAGAGAUCUAACAAGAAACAUUCUCUGUUGAAUUAUCUCUUUGCUCACAAUUGUGUGUGUACCACACACACACACACACGUGUGUUUGUGAUGCAUGCAAAUUUUGUUGUUGUUUUUUGACCUAAACUUUGUGCUCGAUUUGACCCUCAGGUGCUAUUUUGUACCUGUGUUCAAAUGCAGCUUUUAAUUUAGCCUCUAAUUUAAUAAAGAAAUGAUUGUUUAAUAUUACAAUAUGAAUGAAAAACAACUUGCAUACUGCUUGUACAUAACAGGGUGACAGUGAAAUACAUUUUGGGCUGUCUUUUUUGUUCUCCCUUUGUAAUGAAAUAUCUCUUCAUUUGUAUUUAUAUUUUACAAAAUUUGCUUUUAAAUAAAUACAUAAAAACUGCUG